AUGUACUACAACGCUCACUCACUACUCAAAUGGAAUAUUGUAAAAGUAAUAACACCAACGAACGACAGUUUAUUGGUGAUCGUGUUGCUUAAAGGGUCGUUGUACGCUAAAGGAAAAUAAUAAAUAAAAAUAAGACAAAAACAAAAGAAAAAAAAAAAAAAAAAAACACCAGAAUAAAGAAAUUAAUUGAGAAAUUUAAAUUAACAACAAAUAUGUUUAAUAUACAAAUCCAUUAAUGAAAAUAAGUAUGCGUUUUAUUUGGUGUCAAUGUAACAGAAAAAACAACAAAAGGAAAUCGAAUGGCCUAUUUUUACAAAAAAAAAAAAUAAUAUAAAAUUAAUUUAAAUUUUUAAAACAAAAGAAAUUACAAAGAAUUAACAAGCACCCACGUUUUUUCAAGUAAAAAUAUUUUAAUUUUUAACAAAAAAAUAUUAUAAAAUAAUAGAAAAUCUACUUUGUUUUAAAUUAAACAAUAGAAAAUUAUUUAUUUAAAUUGCAUUAUUUUAAAUAAAAAACCGCAUAUCUAUUAAAAUUAAAACACAAGCACGCACAAUAAUAAAAACUAAAUGAAAAAAGUGUCAAAAUGCAUUGAUUAGAACAGUAAAACAAAAACAACGACACACAGCAACAAUAAAAAGCAAAACAAAUAAAAAACCAAUUGAAUAAACAUAACAAAACAAUCAAAAUAAUAACAAAAAAAAAACUUACAUAUCAUCAUAUCAACAAAAACAACAACUUACCAGAACAAAUUGUAAACAAAGAUGUCGUCUACUCCCAGCACUUGUACUUAAAAGUUCUUCUCAUUGUUAUUGCUGUAAUUUUAUUGUCCUAAAAUCUUAACAAAUAUUUUGUUAAGCUGCUGCUUGUUGUCUGUCUAAGUAUCCUUGCUACUCCUAAAUACCAGCAAAAAUGGAAGGUUUAAAUAAAUUUCGCAAUCGUUUUCGUACCACCAAAAUUCCCUCCGAAGUGGAUGAUGGUUUGGAAACUUUGGAUGAAUACCGCAUGAGAUGGCGCUCCAUAAAAGUUAUCUAUUUUACCAUGUUUUUAAUGUCUUUGGGAUUUAGUAUUAUACUAACGGGGAUAUGGCCGUAUUUGAAUAAGCUAGAUCCUUCCGCCGGCAAGGAAUUUAUGGGUCUUAUUGUAGCCGCCAAUCCAUUGGGUCAAAUGAUUUUUAGCCCCUUAUUCGGUUGGUGGAGCAAUAAAAUCGGUUCGAUACGUUUGCCGUUGUUAAGCUCUUUGGCUUUAUUCACUGUAGCCAGUGCUAUAUAUUCUUCUUUGGAAAUGCGUCCAGAUCAUGUGAAGUAUUGGAUGUUGGUUUCUCGUUUCUUAAUUGGCGUCAGUUCGGCUAAUAUUGCAGUGUGUCGUUCGUAUUUGUCGGCUGCUACUCGUUUGAGUGAACGAACAAAAGCGGUUUCCAUGGUUUCAUUAGCCCAGGUUUUGGGCUUUAUUAUAGGACCCGGUUUACAGGCUUUGGUUACUCCUCUGGGAAGUGAUGGUUAUGUAUGGCUGUGGGGCGGUAUGGUUUUUAAUAUGUAUACCGCUUGUGGUUGGAUAAACGUUGUCAUGAGUGUGGGCAACUUUAUUAUGUUUCUGCCAUCGAUAUUUGAGGAACGUAAAGUGGCGGCCCGUGAAAUAAUGAUAAUGCAGGGUAAAUCGUCGGAAAAAGAAACAUGGAAAUCUAUUAAACCGGACUAUAUAUCAGCCUGGACUUUGAUAGUGGCAUUUUUUGUAUUGGUAUUCAAUUUUGUUUUAUUGGAAACCUUGGGCACUUCUUUGACCAUGGAUCAAUUUGCCUGGUCCAAUGAUGAGGCCUUGUGGUAUAUGGGUAUUUUAAUGUCUGUGGGUGCUAUAGUAGCUCUUAUAACAUUUGUGGCAAUUAAUCCAUUGUGUAAAAUGUUUCCUGAAAAUCAGGUGCUAAUAUGGGGUGGUUUCUCUUUAAUGGUAUUGGGUCGUGUACUCUAUAUCCCCUGGGGAGAUGGACCACCCAAAAUUGCUGAAGUCUACAAUGUAACCAUACCUUUAACGGGCAACUCUACGAUAGAUCUAUCGCCGGACAAUGAAAUAUUCUUGGGCUGCCCUAAAACUCAAGAAUGGUGUGCCACAACUCCAGCGCUCACUCUUACACAGUUUAUUAUAGGUUAUGGUUUUACCUCAAUAGGUUAUCCUAUUGGUGUAACUCUUAUACAGACAAUAUUUUCCAAAGUUUUGGGUCCAAGACCUCAGGGAGUUUGGAUGGGUUUAAUGACUGGCUCGGGUUGUCUAUCCAGAGUUUUUGGUCCAGUAUUUGUGGGUUCUAUUUAUACACGAUUGGGUACUUAUUGGACCUUUGGCAUAACAGCUAUAAUGAUGUUAUUUUCCAUGAUAUGGUUGUUGAUUGAAAAAAAACGUUUAAUUCCUCCCACAUUUGAGAGCACUGAACCGGUGGAAUUAAAGGAUUUAAGUGCGUCAAAAAAAGAAAAUAAUUCGGAAAUCAAUAGAGAUAUUGAAGCCGAAGUCAAUGGUCAUAUAGAAGAGGAUUCUAAAUUAUUAAAUAGUAAAAAUAAUGUAGUUAUAGUAGCGGCCCAGGAAAAGUGUUAAACUUUAUACUUAAUGUGCAAUUAUUAUUUAGAUUAAGCUCUAGAAACAGAACAGAGGAUAUUUUUGAAUGCAAUUACGUAAAAAAGUAAUUCAAUUACUUUGGAUUUUAACAAUAAUGAUAAUUAUAGUAAAAAAAUAUUAGAUAAUUAAAAAAAAACAAGUAAUUGCUACAAUUAACUAAACAAAUGAUUUGAUUACAUAAAGGAAUUGUUACUCAAUUAAAAUUAUCCUUUUAAAUUAUUUUUUAUGCAAAUGAUUAUAAGUACUUUAAUAUGUUUUUUUAAAUAGUUUGUAUAUUAUAGUAUUAUUAAAAAUUUAUUUAACAUUUUGUGCUUAAUUUGUGUCGUCUGUCUUAUUAACAAACUGCCUUUAACAGUAAUAAUGUAUUAGAUAAAUAAACUGUUAGUUAAGUGGAUUUUUGUACAACAAUA